UAACACAAACAUAGUAACUUUGACACAAAAUGUAUUGAAAGUAACAAAAAAGUAGGAACACAAAAUGUGUGUUGGAUAUCAACACAUCGUUUUUGCGUGUAAUUACCAUGCGAGUUCGAAUAAUACAGCAUACAGAAAGGUAGGGAAAACGACCGUUCUAUACCCUUUAACAUUUAAUUAAAAGUAAAUGUACUGCCAGUAAUAAAUUGUAUCCUCUGUCCACAAGCUUAAGCGAGCAGACCCAUUAUUAGGCCUACCCCUUUAUUACCCUAGACACACAUUAACAGUCCUUUUGCAGUCUUCUGGUCAGUAAAUUCCUCUGUGUUCGGACUAGGCACCACCUCCAUUUGUUGAACGAAAACCCUGGGUUUCCUGUUGACGUCGGAAUAUCUCGACCCUGGAAAAGUAGACUAGUUCUAGUUUUUUUCGCUAUUACUGACAUAGCUGUCAUGUGGGAAAACUAGAAGCAAUGCCGCUAAGCUCUGAAGUACAUUUGUAUGGAUGUUAAGUUUUAACAAUUUAGGCGCUGUUAUUUGUAGCUUGCAGCUCCGCCUGACCGUACACAGUGCGUUUCCACGGCAAUUGAGACCAUUUGCUGGGUCAGCAGAUAAGCGAGCAAGGCUAGUUAGCAACAGGUUUGAUUUUCUGUUAAUUAACGCAACAGGUUCCUCACUGUUUUAAGUCCCUGAUGGCAGAAGCUAGGCUUGAAGCGGAGGAGGAGCCGAGAGAGUUCAGGGAACUCGUAAUUUUGCGGAACCGAAGAGGACAGUCAAACCCAGCAACAGAUCACUCAGAGAGGAAUAAGCCAGAACGUCGUCUCAGUCAAGGACCUCUGUCCUCUUUACGAGCUGUCAUCAAAAGAACAUCGUCAAGAAGCAGCUCUCAGGGCGAUAACGCUCGAGAUCGAAGACGUCCAGAGAUAACCAUCGUAUCGGCUGAGCCCUUAGCGGCGAACGCCUGGUUCCCAGGGGCUUCUGGGGGAUUUACACCAGCCCCACCUCCUGCUCAACCAAUCUGGGGUGGGAACAUACCGGCAGCUGCCCAGCCCCCACCAUCAUAUGACCAGGUGAUCAAAGAGAAGACCCAGGAGCAGGUUCCCCCACCGGUUGCCACCCCACGACACUCCACCACCAUCGCCACACAGACUGACUUCCUGCUGGAAGCUGGCUCAGAAUGCACUGCCUCUCCACAGCCCGCUGAGAGGAAAGGAUUUUCUGUAAAAAGAGCCCUAAAGCCACCAAGGCCAUCACUGCCAAAGGCCAAGCCUGAGCCAGAUGACACUGCUGUUCUUGCAGACCAGCCUUGUCCAAUCCCGGUAGAGCCCCUUCCUGUCAGAACUGAUACGACCUCUGCAACCAAUCAGCAGGCAGCUGAAGCCCAGCCUCUCCCUGACCACAGCUGUGUGACUCAGAGCGACCCCUCUCCACCUUUACCUGUACUGUGUGAUGAGACAGUCGAGCCCUUCGACCACGGCCUUGUUUCUGAAGACAGUCCUUCUGAACCAAUAGAGGCUGAUCCCGCCUCCUCACGACCGCAGUGUCCAAUACCGCUCCCUCGCUCCAAACCCAUCCUGCAGUCCAUAAGCAGGGAGGUGAAGGUUCAGACUUUGGUCCGGAUUAAGGACGACGGGGAGCGCCCCCAGACAGCCCUCUCUCAGGGGGGGCUUCCCUCAGGUAAGUACCUGCAGGAGCUCUUGGACGUUUUCUGCACGGAUGAUCAGUGUUACCAAGGCGACCCCAGCGACCACACGGACCCCAGUGACGACGGUGAGCAGAGCGAAGAGGACGACAUCAUGAGCGUCUCCCACAGCCAGAGGAACAUAAAGGCCAAGAUACAUGCCUUCGAGCAGCAGUCCGCCACGGACGCCGGGGACGAGGCGCCCCUGGUGAAGCCGGAACCCCGCCCCCGCACGCAGUACUCCAGACCGCCUGUGGCCGCCAAACCUUCCUUCACACGCCGGCCGUCCGGCCUGUGGGAGCAGAUCAAUGCAUCGGGGUCGAGCAUGGAACAAGGCCAGAAGGAGGCGGUCACCCCACCGACCCCUGCACCGAGGCCCCUGCUCCCCAAAGCCUCCACCGAGGCUGAGAUCAGCGACGUCCCGGAGACACAAGCGGGAAAGGUCCCGCUCAUCCCCCCCUCGCGUUCCUCCGUAAUGGCCAGGGCCAAGGCCUUCUUGGCCCAAGAGGAGGGGUCUGCCGUCUCCCCACCCACACCCCCACCAAAAAUCAAACCUGUUACAGACCCUGUUGGUCUCACCAACCAUGAGAACAUAGUUACCCCGCCCAAACCCCCACCAAAAAUCAAACCUGCCGCGGACUUUCUCAACCUAGCCAACCAUGGGCCCGAAGUUACCCUGCCCACACCCCCACCAAAACUCAAACCUGCAAUGGACCCUGUCAGCUUCACCAACCACGUGCCUGAAUUUACCCUGCCCACACCCCCACCAAAACUCAAACCUGCAAUGGAUCCUGUCAGCUUCACCAACCACGUGCCUGAAUUUACCCUGCCCGCACCCCCACCAAAACUCAAACCUGCCGUGGACCCUGUCAGCUUCACCAACCACAUGCCUGAAUUUACCCUGCCCGCACCCCCACCAAAACUCAAACCUGCAAUGGACCCUGUCAGCUUCACCAACCACGUGCCUGAAUUUACCCUACCCGCACCCCCACCAAAACUCAAACCUGCCGUGGACCCUCUCAGCCUCGCCAACUAUGCCACUCCCCUUCGGCCGAGCAGGCCCAGCAUGGAGAACGGGAACGGGGACAGACCUGUUGCCCAGAUCCCGGUCAAGCCGCGGAGGUCGGUCACUUUCGGUACAAAUCCUCCGAGCGCGUCUCGCAAGCCCACGAUGAUCAGAGUUCCCAGCAAAGCGGAUGAGAACGAGUCCCAGGAGGCCCCUCCCGCUCUCCCAUUUAAGAGGCCCAUUGGAGGAGUGCCCCUCCCAGUGAUGCGGAAACCAUCCCUCAUCUCUAGACCCACUCACCCACCACCUGUGGAGCCCAGUAACCCUGAGGGAUUUAGUUUCCAGCCUGCUUCCACCCCAGUGUUAUCACUUCCACCCCGGCCCGUCGGAUCUAAGGUCCUGCCCCCUCGUCCCCCUCCUGCUAAAGCAGGACCCAGCAGGCCCCCCCCACCUGGAAGUCAGGGUUUCCCCAGGUCCUCCUCCCAGGCAGGACGGGAACCGACGCUGCCCCCGCGAUCACAGAGCUUCAAGGGGUCAGUGAAGAGAGGACCCGUUCAGCCCCCCAGGCCCAACCCCGGACACCCCCUCUACAACAAAUACACACUGGAAAUACCACAUGCGAUAGCAGAGUUUGACUACAAUGGCAGUAACACUGGAGAGCUCUCCUUUCAGAAAAAUGAGGUUCUGGUGCUGCUUGAGCAGAUGGACAGGAACACGUUUGAGUGCCAGGUGGGAGACGCCAAGGGCCCAGUUCAAAAGUCCUACCUGAAGAUUAUCACUCCCCUGUCCAGUGCUUCCAGCAUGCCAUCUCAUCAGGUCCUUCCCUCUGCAGAGGUUCGGAGAGGGAGCAGUGGACUACAAGCACAAGCGCUGCAUGACUUCACUCCAGAGAGUCCUGAGGAGCUUGCCCUGAAGGCAGGAGAUCUGGUGUCCAUGGUGGAGCGGGUGGACGAUGAGUGGUGUCGCGGAACCGCCCGGGGCUCCACAGGAGUCUUCCCCGUCAGCUUCGUCAGAGUGCUGUCCACCAUUCCGGCUCCGCCCAGUGGGCAGAAAGCACCCCCGGCGCCAGCAAGCGUCAGCGGGCCCAGGUGCGUGGCGCUGUUCGAUUUCGAGGGGGAGAGCAGCGACGAGCUCUCGUUCGCCGAAGGAGACGUGAUCGGGCUGAAGGAGUACAUCGGGGAGGAGUGGGCCCGGGGCGAGCUCAACGGCUACGUCGGGCUCUUUCCUCUCACCUUCGUCGAAGUCGUGGAGGACCUCCCAGCCCCGCCGCCGGCCCAGCAGAACGUGCAGGCGAAGAUCCCGCUUCCUGGAAUGGUUUCUGCCUCUAAGAACCAUGAGUCUGCUAGGCCCACUCAGUUACAGUCCGCUCCAGCGGGGGCAGAGUGGGGCCGGGCCCAGUACGACUUCAUCGCGGAGACGGACAAUGACCUGCCCUUCCAGCAGGGGGCGGUCAUCCAGAUCAUGGAGCGCGUGGACGCAGAGUGGUGCCGUGGGCGUCUGGAUGGCAGGGACGGGUACUUCCCGGCCACGUUCGUGAUACCCUGUCCAGCACCCCCUGGAGGAACGGAGAGCCAAAGCGGUGGGGGCGGGGGAAGAGCGAGAGUCCUGUUCGACUUCGUGCCGGAGACCGAGGAGGAGCUUUCUUUGAAGGCCGGGGAUAUUAUAACGGGUGUGGAGUCCAUAGACGAUGAAUGGCUUCUUGGAGAACUGUACGGGAGGCGUGGCUUGGUGCCUAAAAACUACGUCCAAGUGCUGUAAGGGCCACGAAGCAUUGCUCUGGACCAAAACAAGAAGAGAGUGCUAUUGGUGUGUGCGGGGAGGGUACUUUGUAGUUUGGAUUAUUGGUGCCCAGAAGAGGGGCAUGGAAAGGUGUUAAAAAAUGACAAUGCAACGGGACCCUUAUUUUUCAUGACGGGUGUACAGGAUGUUGAAGCUGCCACUGAGAAACUCGCUGCCUUCCGGAAACAGUAUUUCUUUCUGCUUAAAAUGGAAUGUGUGGAAUCUCCUAGCUUUCAAGAUUUCAAAGUGUUAUCACGCAGAGCUACUGUGUCUUUUUAAUGUCAGAUGAUUUUCUUUGUUUGUAAAGUUUGUAUAGGAAUAUUAAAUAUUUCCAAGUGUAGUUUCUUUAUUAAAACAGAUCUCCUAAUGAAUAACAUGUUAACGAUUUAUUGCGAUGGUUUGUUGUAUCUUUCGGUGUGCCGAGCAAUUUUUAAAGAUAAGUUUGGACCUUUGUAUUUGCAUUAAAAACAGUCUUUAUGCUA